AUGUCAUACCUUUUCCCGACGGCCGAGUUUGCUGAAGAUCAGCCUCAAGCGCGAACCAUCCUCGCCACCCACGUCCUCAGCCGUGGCUUCCAGCUUGGAAGCGCCAUCGGCUUGCUCAAUAGCGGUGCUGCGGUCCUUCUCAGGCGCCGAUCGCUGACUGCACCGGUUCUUCUUCGCUCAACAGGGACUGGAGCGAUCAUCGGAACUGGUAUCGCUGGAGUUGGCCUCGUCGCGCGGAUGUGGGGCCGCGAGGAGAUCGAAUGGCAAGACCGCAGCUGGCGGCUGCGAUACAAUUCUGGACAGGUCGCUGUUGACAAGUGGAGUGAGCCGUUUGCAGCUAUUGGGGCUUUCGCGGUGGCGGCACGGGGGGCAUCGGGAUCGCUAAUGGGGGGUUGGCGCGGUCUUGUCGGCGGUGCUGGCGUGGGAUCGUUGGCUGGGAUCGUGGGAUGCAUGAUUGUCACCCAGAUUUCACCCUCCCCAGCCAGUUGA